AUGGGUGAUUCGGACCAUUCCCUUGACACAUCGGACGAGGAGUAUAUUCCUCCUGCAGAUGCUGAAGAUAGUAGUGAUGAUAAAGACGUUUCCUCCGAGUAUGGCACAAUGUAUAUUUGUUACUUGUUUCCAGGGAUGAAGAAGAUACUCUUUCAGUCGCCGUAAAAAAGUCCUCUCCCGAAAAAGUUUUGGACCGUGAUGCUGUCUGGAAUGAAUUUCUUAAGGAAACCGAGACUGUUACCCAGGUAGCCCAUAUACUUCGUUAACGUUCUCCAGCGCGCUCCUCAGGAAACUCCCACCGCGGUCAAACCCACGGGAACGUACGUCUGGUCCUUACCAUGUCCUUGAUGACAUUAUAAGUUCAGGGUAAUCUAAUGCAUCUCCUUGAGAGAAUGUCGCCAAUAUCGUCUUUUAUAGGAGCAACUUCGUCAAUACUUGCUUGUUAAACAAGACACCUGUCUCACCGAGAUUUCCACGUCACUCGAAGCAGUCCGAAUAUUUUGAUAUGUGAUCAAUUAUAACGCAGUCUUCUAUUAGAUACUAGGGAAGACUCCUUGAAAUCAUCUGAGGAAACAAGAAAUAAUAAGGGCCAUUGUCCUCAGAAUUCCGCAGACUAGCAAAAGAUUCGGGAUAUAUAGUUAGCUAUGCUUAUAUAUUCAGUCAGCGAUAGAGUGAAGCCGAGUGAUUACUAUAAUGCAUUGUAUCAUACCUGGUUAAGCAAGCUUGCUUUUACCGUGUAUUUAUUUUAUCGGAGAUGCUCUUUGAAGGCAAAAGUAUAGGUCUUUAUGCUCCCUUUUUUCUGUAGGCCAAACGCAUGUGCCAGUUCCUUUGGCGUUUCCAAUGUCUCUUCAGUCCUUUCGACCAGCAGUACUGCCAAGUAAGUUGGUUUUUGUAGCCGCCGUAACUCAGGUCAUACAGAGUUUAACUCCAAUCUUUGUAUUCAAAGGUUCAUUUUGCCUUCCAGAACUAGAAUGAUCUAGGAUUUUCGGAAGCUUCUUUAUUUGGCUGAGUCAUGUUCGUUUCCUUAGAUGUUGACUCAGACAAACUAGACCACUCCCUUUUAAAUUGUUCGUCAGCAACGGUAAGCAUCGCUCCAGGGCAUCCACAUUCGAUCUGCAACGUCAGAGCUUAUGAACAAAGAGGAUGCACCUUAGUAGUAUAACUUGACUAUGAACUACAAGACGAAUUUCAACCUAAAAUGAGUCAAAAUGACUAUAAUUUAGGUUGUCUACCUAGCGCAUUGCCCUGAACUUUUGACCAUCCUCAUCCAGCUAUUCUCUAUGGUUUCGAUUGACAUAAUGGUGGCCAGACCGGCUGCGUCAUGCAUUUUUGCGGUUUUCUCUUCCAGGACAAGUUGUGCUGAACCUACGUCCUCCCUUUCCAACAAGUGAGUGUAUUUUAAUUUCCUAUAUAGCCCUCGACGUUUGCAAACAACUCAGGGAGGGUUUAAGAACUGUGCCCCACUGCAUACAUUUGUGCCUAUGUGGUACGCCCUCUUAUUUAAAAAUGUGUUGAAGUCUUCAACCUCUCCGAUCCUAUCGUUUACCUUCCCUACCAUAAGACUAGAUAUAAUUACUAAUAUGUUUAACUAUCGUCCCUGGCAACAAAAUUCCUGGACUCCGACCUCCCCCAGUUGUAGCAGGGAAGACCUGUCUUAAUCGGAAUGGUCACAAUUGCGCAAAUGAGGCAGCACGAACAAAGAGGAUGAAGGGAUCGAGAUGAAUGAGUACCCUGAUAUUCGGCCUCAUUCGCCUUACAGUCGACUUAUCCCAACUAAAACGAGAAACAGGGGAGGGUUAAUGAGAUAAGAGUUCAUCAGAGUAUGACAUGACUGGGGAGGUUUCAAAUGUAUGCCGUAGAUAAGUUUCACUUAACGAUAUAAGUAAGCAACCAGUAGGUCCUGCAGUAGCUUGACCGUAAAGCAUCCGUCGCAACCCUUUGAAUGCGGAUAAGACCACGACCAGGUAGUUUCUUGUUUGAAGAGACGCACAAGGGACUAUUUAAGGCAUAUUUUGGGCUCGGCACGUUUUGAAUUGGAGGUUUUGCUCUUGAAGAUGUCCGGAUAAUGAAAAAGCCCAAUCACACCGAAUCCUAAACAGACUUAAUUCAAGGCACCCGUUACAAUUAACAGCGCGAAGUCGCCCUUUCUAUCGCCCGAAGUGCUCCAGCAUCACAGAAAGAAAAGAAUAUUCUUCCAAACUUCCAUGUUUCUCAUUGCCAGUGCUCUCGCGCAUGCUUCUCAUGUUAGUUUUUAGUUGUUGUCCCAUUUGCUACAUGGAGACCUCCAUCAAAUUUAUUGCAUCCAUUUAAACACCUUUCUCGGGCCAACACAGUAAUCUCAUGGAAAAUGCUUGUUUUCCGCGUAUUUUGUGACUUACAAAUAAGACUUUUGCGUGUCUGUCUAGUGUCUUGAGUAAUCUUCCCUUUCACUUCAUUGUUAUAUAGAAGAUUGUUCGCCUUACGAGCGCAAUGGCACUUGAAUAUCGGCCUUUGCAGGGCAUCUAGACCUGACAUAUUUGACGAGUAAGAUUCAUAAGAGGACAUUGUAGCUGUGUACUGGCUAUUAUUACGUAUCCCAGACAUCCGCACAAGUCUGGCCUUUUAAACCAUACAUCCCCUCUUUGUGUGUUAUUUGUUUGUUUAUGGGAUUUCCUUUGCAAAAAGCCUCAACGAAGUCUCGGAAACUUUAAAAUGCAACACAAAGCAAGCCUUAGUGUCUUUGCGUCGGUUUCAGAAACUCGACAAUCUCCAGGCCUGCCGCCAUAUCCGGCCCAUCAAAUGGUCUAGCGCCCAAGUACGUUCGCCAUUAACCCAUAUUUUGGGUGGUUUAAAUGUUCCCUUUUGCUAAAUUGCCCCAGUGUGUCGUGUAAGUUGGCGGACUGCUCUUAGCGUCAAUUUUUUGGUUUCUAGUUUUUUGUUUGAAGGCAAGCACAAUUCUCUCUCUUGUUUUCCUCAAACGGGUUAUACUCCUACUAAUACCAGACCUUCCCAGCCGGCUGAAAUGCGUCUAGGUUGUUUCCAUUGACUUUUACUCGCAGUAUGAAAGAACGUAUUGCGUGUGACUACCAUCUCCCUGUCUUCUUGUCAUCAUGACUGCAAAUUUGAGUGAUACCCUGAUUGACUCUUGAAAAUUUGAGUUUGUGUGCCCUUCUGAACGGUUUGACGAAGCAUUGGGAGCCAUGAGCGGUACUUCCCUGUCAGAAAUCUUCGCGGUAAAAUUUACUUGAUACACAUUUUUUUACCCUCCAGGCGUGCCCUCGCCAGUAACGAUCGUCUGUGCGAUGCUCUUAAGCGGCUAAAGUCUUCGGCCCUGCUUCCCGGAUCCGCACCAAAGCUCAGUACUCUGGUAAGAGUCCGUCGUUAUGUUAUUCAGACAACCCGUUUUUUAAGCAGACUCAGCGACUUAUUGUCUAAACGCUCUCCCUGGUCCCCGUGCAGCCCAAGCUAAACUGUGUAAUGAACCUUUGUUUAAUCUGCAAUUGCUUCUGCCUUAUGCACAGGUCUAAUAAGGCUGUAUAGUUUUGUGAUUCCCCACACACUUAGCCGUAGCUCAUUUUCCUGUCUUAUUUUCGUUUUUGCCUUCUUCGAGACACUUAUUUCCGCACCUUUUUCGCAAAUCUAAUUGGGGCCUCUGCGUGACAGGCUGUCGAUUUUCAGUGCGCGCAGAAACUCAUUAAGCCUCGGCCAGUAGUCUUCAAUAGGCUCUCCGACGGACAUGAUGACUUGUGGAAGUUCUCAAAGCAGACUGAUAGGGGAUGUAUUCCAAAGUUAAGUUCUUUACGACGGUGUGCUAGCUUUUGAUUGGGAACCUUGUCAUCCGCGCAUGCAAAUUGUUCCUGGAACCACCUAGGUAGUAUGUGCUCUUUCAUCGGUUUCAAUGUCCGCACAAGUUCAUUCAUUUUUGUAUAACGGAACUACACAGAAAUCCCACUUUUAGACAUUAUUACACGGGAGAUUAUGUCAUUUCAAAUGUCCUACUUGGGGGAAGAGGCAGUUGACUUUUAAAAAGAUUUAUUAAAUCAUUAUGGUUUUCAAGACGCCCAUGCUUUUAACUAGGUUGUCUAUUAUCUCCUUGUUCAUUACUAUUGGUCAUAGAGUAUGCAACUUCAUCCAUAUCCAUCGCAACGCCUUGUGAGUACCAGAGGGCUGAUCUGAAGUUGUUGGAAUUCGCAUCAACUAAAUUUUAUUGACCUCGAAAACCAGCGGAAACGCAGUUUGCAGUUUUUAGUAGACGUUCUUUUUGAUUGAAUGCGCCCUUCCCCAUCAGGUGUCAUAUGCGGAGUAGACUAAAUUCUUUGUGCAUCCCUCCUGCAAAAUAUGAUUAAAUUUCCGCAGGUAUCGAAGGUCGAUGGAAAAAACACCCACUGCGCAAGCAGUGCUUUUUUCCGCGUGCAAAUUGCGCAGAUGACUGGGAAUCAGGCUCUAUCCCAUGUUAAUCGGUUUGCAAUGUUACUUAAGUAGUAUUUUCAGUCAGAAGCCGUACCCGAAUACUCCGAUCAAUUAUUAAUGAGGUCUAAGGCAUACCAAAGACGCUUGGGUCGUCGAUGGUACUGAGUAAUGUCGUCUUCCGAGCCUUUAUUUGUCAAACCGAACUUAACCAGCUCUAAACUCAACCCUUCUAUAUCCGUUCUGUCUAGGAAAAAUCUAAGCGAGAUUGGGAGUCGUUCACACAAGAAGAGGACAUUGCGGACGAGUUAAAGUUGUACAAUAAAGGCAAACAUGGGUAAGUUAGCUUCCUCUGACAGCUCUCGCUCUUUAUGCAUAGUUCACUGUCAUUGCUCUGGAUCGGCUAGUUUUCCGUAAAUCCUCAGUUUGUUUGAAUACCAGGCAAGUACUAGACGGUGAAAUGCAGUCUGCUAGACCAUGUGACAACCAAAUUCACGGCGAACUAUUGCUGGAGUGUAUGUAGCAUAAAGGCGGUCACUGGAGGUCAACGGUUAUUGGAUUAGUGGAGUACGUUACUUAUCACAGUACGAAUAAAUACUAGCCCAGUGAACUGUGUCGCCAACAGCAGUUAGGUGUGAGGAGUUUCGAUUCUCAGCGAUCCUCAAGAUGGAGUCGGCCACACGGAAAACUGAGUAAAGAGGGAAAGUCAUUCAAGCGAGUCCCUACCAGUUACAGUGUCGGGUUUCUAUUUAAUUAACCUAUAUAUCCCCACUGGAUAGGGUUUCAAGCCAAUGAUUGGGAAUAUCACGACUUAGCAUGGGUAAACUGUUUCCACCGAUAUGUCCCCUUGCAUCCCUCUGAGGUCGAUUUAUUGUGCUUCCGGUAGAUUUUUCGUUACGCACACCCCGGAGAUUCUCUACCAGAGACCCCGUUCUGUUUUUCUACACUGUCCUUGUGGCCUGUUGUGUCACUGUCCCUCCUCCUUUGCGAGAGAGCGAGAACUAUCCGCAUGCCUCCUCGGUGAAUGAGCAGUCGCAUAAUGACUGCAAGCGAACGCCUGUCGUCACCGCCCAUUCUGCUUUUGGGUAUCCUAAUUUCCUCGUUCGCCGACCCGAUCUCUUCCUGUUGAGCUAACUGACUGCCUGCACCGUGGUCGACUGAGGCGCUAAAAGCUUCUACCUGAGAACUUUUACAAGUAGCAGCUGGCAAUCAACACGGACGAUUCUGUCCAGGCGCGUUGAUAAAGUUUGUUGCCCUUUGGCCUCGCCACGCUCAAUUUUGGACAGACAGUGGACCGCUCAAUAUCCCGGAAUAAAUGCCUGUUUAAUGCUCCCGCCAAACUAGUACUUGCUAUGUGUUGAACGGUUGGGAUGGUGUCGAUUUUUAUGACGGCUAGAGUUAGUUCGAUUUAGACAGAUCAUUAAAGAAAUGCGAAACUCGCAUCAGAAAGCAGCCCUGCUCUUGUUCUUGCUAGCAGCUCUGUACACAGACCUACCGGGACCUGCUUUUUGGCUUUGCUACUAGAUGCUAUCCCUCUAACCUGUGGGUGAGUAGGCGAGACUGUUCCAUUGGCUUUAGGCGUGCGCCCCAGGUUAGCGGGAGCUGAAUAUCUCAAUUUUCCAGCGAGCCCAAACACGCUCAUAUCAUCUAUUACGUAUUUUGUGUUCAUAGAUGUUUUGGCGAAUUUUGAAUAAUUCUUAUUGACCCAACUGUGAAAAACUCGGCGCCUCGGUGGGGUUCGAACCCUCUCAGUAAGGGGAAGGCUUUAGUACAGCCAGCGCUCUAACCACUUGACCUACGAGGCCCCACCGGACAACGUGAGUUUAAUCACAUUUGGGUCAAGCGUUGGCUGUGCUAAAGCCUUCCCCUUCGUGGGUUCGAACCCCACCAAGGCGCGGAGCUUUUCACAGUUGGGUCAAUAUAAAUUAUUUAAAAUCUGCCAAAACAUCUACGAAUUACGUAAACCUGGGUGCCAUCUGGUGGAUUCUAGGUGAAUUACUUAGAAAAUCCUGCCAGAGCAGUCAACUUACUGUAUCACAUUUCGUGUUGUUAAAGUACUCCUUCGUUGAUCUGCCAUUGCCGUUUACGUGCGCAACAGCUAUAGCUGUUUAAAGUCGGGCCGUCCGAAUGGGGCUGUCUGAAGCCAUGUUUAUGCCUUUUCCUCCUCUUUUCAGGUAUGUCGCACGAAAGGCAUUUGAGUCGCGAGCGAGCGAACGGGAGUAUGCUCUUGUACGAGAGAUGCGGUUAAAAAGCUCUCAGAAGAGAUGA